UCUCGCCCCGGCGAUUGGCCUUCCUGGAGCCCGGUGGGAGCGGCUCCGAGGACCGCCCGCCGAUUGGCUCUCCCACGCGAAGGGCGGGGCUCUCUUGCGACCUACGCCUGCGCGGAGGGGCCAGGAAGCCUCAGGCCCCGCCCCCGCCCCGCCCCCUUCAGGAGCUCCAGGCGCCGCGCCGGCCUCUGCCUUCCUCCUCUUCCUCUUCCUCUUGGCCGCGAGAGACCCUCCAGCUGCCUCGCCUCGCCUCGCCAUGGCCGCCUCUUCCUCCUCGUCCGCCGCCGCUGCCGCCGCCGCCUCCUCCGCGGGACCCUCCGGCGCCAGCCCGGUCCUGCAGCGCGGCAUCGUCAAGAUGGUUCUCUCGGGCUGUGCCAUCAUUGUUCGAGGCCAGCCGCGUGGAGGGCCACCUCCCGAAAAACAGAUCAACCUCAGCAACAUCCGGGCUGGGAACCUUGCGCGCCGGGCAGCUGCAGGACAGCCAGAUGCCAAGGACACGCCGGAUGAGCCCUGGGGAUUUCCAGCCCGUGAAUUCCUGCGGAAGAAGCUCAUCGGGAAAGAGGUCUGCUUCACAGUGGAGUACAAGACCCCACAAAACCGGGAGUAUGGGAUGGUGUACCUGGGAAAAGAUACCACCGGGGAGAACAUUGCCGAGUCGCUGGUGGCCGAAGGACUGGCAAGUCGCCGGGAAGGGAUCCGUGCCAACAACCCCGAACAGAGUCGUCUGGCGGAGCUGGAGGAGCAGGCCCGGCUGGCCAAGAAGGGCAUGUGGAGCGAGGGCACGGGCUCCCACACCGUCCGGGACCUCAAGUACGCCAUGGAGAAUCCCCGCCACUUUGUGGACUCCAUGCACCAGAAGCCUGUGAACGCCAUCAUUGAGCACGUCCGGGACGGCAGUGUGGUCCGCGCCCUCCUCCUGCCCGAUCACUACCUGGUGACAGUCAUGCUCUCGGGCAUCAAGUGCCCCACUUUCAAGCGGGAGGCGGACGGCACGGAAGCCCCGGAGGCCUUUGCGGCAGAAGCCAAGUUCUUCACGGAGUCGAGGCUGCUGCAGAGGGACGUGCAGAUCGUCCUGGAGAGCUGCCACAACCAGAACAUCCUGGGCACCAUCCUCCACCCGAACGGGAACAUCACGGAGCUGCUCCUGAAGGAAGGCUUUGCUCGCUGCGUGGACUGGUCCAUCGCGGUCUACACUCGAGGGGCCGAGAAGCUGCGGGCGGCAGAAAGGUAUGCCAAAGAGCACAAGCUGCGGAUCUGGAGGGAGUAUGUGGCUCCAACCGCCAACCUGGAGCAGAAGGACAAGCAGUUUGUGGCCAAGGUGAUGCAAGUGCUCAACGCAGACGCCAUUGUGGUGAAACUCAACUCUGGGGACUACAAAACGGUCCACCUUUCCAGCAUCCGUCCGCCUAGACUGGAAGGCGAAGGCACCCAGGACAAGAACCGGAAGCUGCGCCCGCUCUACGACAUCCCCUAUAUGUUUGAGGCCCGCGAGUUCCUCCGCAAGAAGCUCAUUGGGAAGAAGGUGAAUGUCACCGUGGACUACAUCCGGCCAGCCAGCAGCGCCACGGACACGGUCCCCGCCUUCUCGGAGCGCACCUGUGCUACGGUCACCAUUGGCGGCAUCAACAUCGCCGAAGCCCUGGUCAGCAAAGGGCUGGCCACCGUCAUCCGCUACCGCCAGGACGACGACCAGCGCUCCUCACACUACGACGAACUGCUGGCUGCUGAGGCACGGGCUAUAAAGAAUGGCAAAGGAUUGCACAGCAAGAAGGAGGUCCCAAUCCAUCGGGUAGCUGACAUCUCUGGGGACACACAGAAGGCCAAGCAGUUCCUCCCGUUCCUCCAGCGGGCCGGCCGCUCAGAGGCGGUGGUGGAGUACGUCUUCAGCGGGUCCCGUCUCAAGCUGUACAUGCCGAAGGAAACCUGCCUGAUCACGUUCCUGCUUGCAGGCAUCGAGUGUCCCCGGGGAGCCCGGAACCUGCCCGGCCUGGUCCAGGAAGGGGAGCCCUUCAGCGAGGAGGCCAUGAGCUUCACCAAGGAGCUGGUGCUGCAGCGAGAGGUGGAGGUGGAGGUGGAGAACAUGGACAAGGCCGGGAACUUCAUUGGCUGGCUGCACAUCGAGGGCGUCAACCUCUCGGUGGCCCUGGUGGAGCAGGCUCUGUCCAAGGUGCACUUCACCGCCGAGCGCAGCGGCUACUGCAAGCCCCUCCUGGCCGCGGAGGAGGCUGCCAAGCAGAAGAAGGAGAAGGUCUGGUCACAGUAUGAAGAGGCCCCUGUGGAGGACGUGGUGAUGGUUCCCGAGGAGAAAGAGCGCACGGCCAGCUACAAGCCCGUCUUUGUCACGGAGAUCACGGACGACCUGCACUUCUACGUGCAGGAUGUGGAGACAGGAGCGCAGCUGGAGAAGCUGAUGGAGACCAUGCGGAGCGAGAUUGCUGCCCACCCUCCGGUCGAGGGCUCCUACACGCCACGCCGUGGGGAUUACUGCAUCGCCAAGUUUGUGGACGGAGAAUGGUACCGGGCCCGUGUGGAGAAGGUUGAGUCUCCAGCCAAAGUUCACGUCUUCUACAUUGACUAUGGCAACAAGGAGACGCUGCCCUCCACCCGGCUGGCCGCCCUGCCGCCUGCAUUCAGCACCCGCAUCCUGCCCGCACAAGCCACCGAGUACAAGUUUGCCUUCAUCCAGGUGCCCCAGGAUGAGGAGGCCCGGGCGGACGCCGUGGACAGUGUGGUGCGGGACAUCCAGAACACCCAGUGCCUGCUGAACAGGGAGCACGCCGGCCCCAGCUGCCCCCACGUCACGCUGCAGUUUGCCGACUCCAAGGUCGACGUGGGGCUGGGGCUGGUCAAGGAGGGGCUGGUCAUGGUGGAGCCCCGCAAGGAGAAGCAGUUCCAGAAAGUGAUCACGGAAUAUCUGAACGCCCAGGAGGCCGCCAAGAGCGCCCGGUUGAACUUGUGGCGCUACGGAGACUUCCGCGCUGAUGAUGCCGACGAGUUUGGCUACAGCCGCUGAAUGGCAAGCCGGCCAGCCCCUCGCCCCCCCCCCGGCCUCCGCCUGCAGCUGAAGAUGGAGCAGGCCUCAGCUUGACUUCCUGGUCUGAGCAGGGGGGGCAGUCCUGACAUGCGGUGCCGGGGGGGGCCCCUCUGGCUCUCCUUCCUCUCUGCGGCUCCCGUCAGCCAAGCCUCCCCCCCUUCCUUCCAGGCAAGCCAGGAGGGCGGGGGGGUGGGGGGUGCUGGUGGUGACACAUGUGACGCUUGGGAAGU